AUGCCUCCAACUUGCCCAAACGACUUCAAAAGUCAAUUGAAUUCUCCAGAAACUGUUCGGCUAUUGUCCUAUAUAAAAGACUCAAUUGUCCUUCCAUUACACCUAUUUGGAGCAUACUGUAUUUUGAAAAAGACCCCAAAUAAUAUGCAUUCUAUCAAAUUUACACUUUUUAAUUUUCAUUUUUGGAACGUUAUGUUUGAUUUGACCUAUGUGUUUUCCAUACCGAUCCCUAUAUUUCCAAUGCCGGCUGGUGUGAUGAAUGGUAUUUUAACAAAAUGGGGAGUCCCGUCUACUAUACAGCUGCUCCUUAUGGUCACUGCAGUGAGCUACGUUAGUGUCUCCACCUUAAUGAUCUUUGAAAACCGAUUCUACCUUCUAAACUCCAAGAAAAAAUGGUGGAAACGAAUUCGUCUGUUUUGGAUGGCGUCAAAUUUUUUAUUUGGUAUACUGUACCAAAUUCCAGUUAUUCUAGAAGUUCCAGAUCCGAAAUAUGCAAAGGAAGUGGUGAUAAAUAGUCUCCCAUGUGUCCCUGAAUUCUUGUAUACUGCUGAUAUUGUACUUCCAAGUCUCAACGACACUACCGUAAUACUAUGUACAGUUAUCUAUGUACUUGUAAUUUUUGGGCAAUUAUUUGUAUUUGCAACUAUAAUUAUGGUCCAAUUAUCCACUAAUUUUGGAGCUAGUACACUUUCCGGAACCACGAGACGACUUCAAAAAAGACUACUGAAGGCGUUAAUCUGGCAAACGGGAAUCCCAUUUUUGUAUCUUGUCUUGCCAGGAUGUUACUCGGUUUUUUCAGUUUAUACAGAGUAUUUUAAUAUAACGCUGAACAAUUUAGUGGCUACUGUAGCAUCUCUAAAUGGAUUCGUAAGCACAUUAUCGAUUAUUCUGAUCCAUCAACCCUACAGGAAUACUGUAGUUUUUUGGAGGAAAAAUAAGAAGAGUGAAAGUGCAAAAUGGAUUAAUCCAGUGAUUUCUACACAUACGCAAUACUGA